AUGGGAAAGUCUGCAGUUCCUAUCCUCGAAACUGAAGAGCAGGUUGAGAGUAGGAGAAGGAAGAGGGUUACUCAGCAGAACAAAGAAUGCAACCUUGCGUUCAUUCUCAUCUGUACCGUGGUCACAUUCUUCAUCUGUCAUAUUCCCAGGGUGAUGACAAACGUGUACGAGGCUUUGAUCAUCAAGAAGGAAGAGAACUGUAAGCUCCAGGGCAUGGGAUAUGUCAAGCUCUGGUAUCUCUACAUAAUCGUCGCUACUAACCUUAUGCUGGUUCUGAAUGCCACAGUAAACCUUCCCAUCUACCUGUCCGGGGGGAAAUCAUUCAGAGCAUCCUUCAUCGAAAUGUUUGGUUUGGAAAAUUGUGUACACAGAUCUCAGAACAUCAACACGUGCGGACCUAGCCCUCAGACAGAGAUGACUCAUUUUGGAAAAUAAAUGAACGCAGAGUGGGGUACAGUGUUCUAUAUCUGGAGAAAGAGAAAUUUGGCUCUAUACAAUGAGACCCAUAAAACUGUGGAUCAGGAAGACGACGGUUAACUCUCAAGUUUUGAUUUCAACUGGUCCAAUGAACAUACCCCACCGACUUCACUUAAUUUAAUUUCAAGCUAUACUGGUAAAUCUAUUUUCAUUCAAUAUAAUUAAGAUUGCUUAAAUGUCGUUUCAUGGGUCUCACUCACUGUAUAUUCAAUAUGUAAAUGUUGUAACUUCUGUAUAUUUUAUGUAAAUUCAGGAACAAGACUUAAUUAGGACCGUCGUUAUUUUUACAAAUUUUGUUAUAUUUAGAAAAUAAUUUGAUUCAAAUCACAAAAGCUUUUCUACCAACCAAUUGUUGGCUUUGCUGUUGUAAAAUCUGCUAAUUCAUUAUUUGCCGCCCUUAGCAAGGAGAUAAUAUAUAACUUUACAUUUGGGGGCAAUGUCUUAAGCUUUAAUGUGACCAUAAAAAUCUUAAUUAAUUUUAUGUUUUCCUAACUAAAGUUUAAGAUUUUUCAAGCUUAAAACUUUGUUUCCUAUCUUUCGUUCAGUUUUCCAAUCUCACGUACUUACAGUUUUUACUAACAAACGUGUUUGUGGACUUUAAAUAAGAUUUCACGAGACCAUCCAAUAUGAGGAGGCAUGUCUGAUUUAAAACGAAAGUUUUGUCUGAUCUAUUUGGAUAUAAAUGUUUCUGUUUUAUGAAAACUAAUUAUUUUCGGUUGUGGUUUCUCUACAAGGAGUGAUUUGAGCAUUUCUAGAAUCAAGAGAUUAUCAGGAUUAAGCACCUUUUAAAAAUGUUUUUAGAUUACCAUCCAACACUUAUUUAAGAAAAAAUUAAAAGUUUUUCUAAAUCCUAUUUCAGACCAAACCAAAUAUAACCUAACAAGACUUUGUCUAAUUGAUCUUUGUCGUGUUCUGCAAAGUAUAAAUAUCAUGCAUUGGCAAUCAAAUUAAAUUUGGUAAAGUUUUAACUUGAACCUUAAAAAAUAAGAAAACAGAUAAAACUUGUAAUGUAUAAGAGAUUGAAUUUCAAAUUUUUUAAUUUCUAUAUCUUUGUAAACUGCUUGGUGUAAAUAUGAAAUAUUUAAAACUUUAUCU